AUGACGUACAGGACCUCACUCAGCGGUGAUAAACGAGUCGGUUGUGAUUUCGUGAGUGUUAGCUCUGUCGGAGGUGCGAGACAUGAGGCCUCACCAGGAGCGUUGGACGGACAUCUACCCAGUCGGAAGGUAAAUGUUACCCCUUUCGCGGAAACGCUGCGGUCGGAUUACAGACAACUGGCCGAACAGGUUGCAACCGGUUCCGACAUGGGGAUCGAUGCGUGCACUCAGGCCAAGAUGCGCCGGUAUGGCAUCUCGUCCAAUGUCCGUACAAUCGAGGCACAUUUGACGAUGGACUCCACUGAGUCCCUCAUAGAAACUACGUCGUGUCAAUUGAAUCCAUUGUCAGCAUUAUCAGAGUUGGUUGGAACGUCCUAA